GCGCGGCCGUGGAGCUUGUAGCUGCGGGCUUCACCGAGCGGUACUAGAGGUUACCAGGUUGCGGUCGAGAUGUCCUACAUCCCGGGCCAGCCGGUCACGGCCGUGGUGCAAAGAGUUGAAAUUCACAAGCUGCGUCAAGGUGAGAACUUAAUCCUGGGCUUCAGCAUUGGAGGUGGAAUUGACCAGGAUCCUUCCCAGAAUCCUUUCUCGGAAGAUAAGACGGACAAGGGUAUUUAUGUCACGCGGGUGUCUGAAGGAGGCCCUGCUGAAAUUGCGGGGCUGCAGAUUGGAGACAAGAUAAUGCAGGUGAACGGCUGGGACAUGACCAUGGUCACACACGACCAGGCCCGGAAGCGGCUCACCAAGCGCUCGGAGGAGGUAGUGCGCCUGCUGGUGACUCGGCAGUCGCUGCAGAAGGCUGUGCAGCAGUCCAUGCUGUCCUAGCAGACUGCCAUGGUCCCCGACUUGUGCCUGCCCACCUGUCUGUACAGUGACACCAGUUCCAUGCUCUGUCUGCCCCUCGUCCUGGCUUCUGCUGAGUGCUGAGCCCCAGCUCAGAGGGGUAACAGCCGAUCCCAGAGGCCUGACCCAGACUUCCUUCCCCUUUCCACCCCCGGUCCUAAGUUCUGGGACCAGCUCUCCCUUGGACACUGAGGACUGGAAACAAAGGCCUGGAGCUGAGUGGUAGCCAGUCUGCAGUGAUCAUAAGCCUCAGCCCCCAGACCUUGCUGCCCGGUCACAGCAGUACCCAAGUGAGCAAGAAACACUACUUCCUGAGAGUUGCCAAAGCUGGGCAGUGCCAGGUGGGGCCGGCCUUUCCUGUCUGCCUUGGCUGCGGGGUCUGGCCCUGCCCUUGUGCAUCAACUCCACAGUGCCUGUGCCCCGUGCUUUUCCCCACACUGCCCAAUGGGGGACUGGACACGGACCCUGCUGGAGGCACCAUAAGUUUCUCCCAUGGAAGCUGGCUCCCCAUCACCCCUGCCCCUGGGGUGCUGGCCUCCCUAGGGUCUGCCUGCUUACAGGGUCUAGAUGAAGUUCCAGGCCAACAUCUCAUGGCAGCUCUCAGGACUGCCAUUUUCCUCUAUGCCUGUGGGUUCAACUUUUGUAUCUUUUAAAUCACGACUUUGAUAACAAAGUGUUUUUAUCUUACUAUUUGGAGACGGCCAAUUUUACUUUUGAAUUUAGCUUAUUAAUUCAUAUCUGGGGACAACUACUCUUAGCAAGCGAACAGCCUUACUUCGGUUACAGUGGAAAUGUGGCAGUCUGAUGCUGCCUCACCCUGACAUCUUGUGUCCAAUAAACAAUGCUGGAAUUCA